GGCUCCCUCACAUCGCAUCUCCAUCGCUCAGCUCAUCGCCUCGCCUCCGCCGGCUCCGGUUUUUGAACACUCAGGCGAAAGUGAGCCGACUGCAACGUCGUCACCCCGGGGACGUUACCGUCGCUCUCCUCUGGGGAAGCCGCACAUCUUGUGUUGACACGUUCCCGUGGUCGCCUUCUCAACUGUGCCCAUCAGUGCCAGUCCGGGUCAGCAUCGCUACGGGCGUGUAAGAGGAGAGGGAGGUCAAACAUGGGCUCCAGCUCCUCCUCCUAUGCCCCCAAAGCCAUUUAUCUGGAUGUGGAUGGGAAAGUACAAAAAGCGGUGUUUAGUCGGCACUGCAGUCCAUGUGACAUUAGGGAGCUUUUGUGUACCUCUUCUAACAUCCCCAGGAACACUGCAAUCAUGAUUGUGGAUGCAGAAGGCGCCUUGGUCUCGAUAGAUCCCACCAUGCCGACCAACUCACCCAACUCAUUGUAUAAAGUUGUCCCCCUGACUACUGGUCAACUCGGGGAGAAGGAGGACAUGUUUCAGAAUGUGCUGUCCCAGGUGGCAGAACAGUUCAGCAGAGCAUUUCGCAUCAAUGAGCUGAAGACGGAGGUCACCAAUAGGCUUGCCAUGCUGGAGAAGAGAGUGGAACUGGAGGGCUUGAAGGUGGUGGAGAUUGAGAAGUGUAAAAAUGAUCUGAGGAAGCUUCGGGAUGAGAUGACAUCGAGGAGUGGCGGCAGGAUAAACUGCCCGUGUAAAUACAAUUUCGACGACGGGAAGAAGGUCACUCCGAGACGAGAUGUUCCCAAUUAUCCAAAGUAUACACUGUCUCAGGAGACUGUCGAGGCACUGAAGAAGCCAACGUUUGACGUCUGGCACUGGGAGCACAACGAGAUGCUGAGCUGUUUGGAGUAUAUGUACCAUGACUUGGGUCUAGUGAAAGAAUUCAACAUGAACCCAAUCACACUCAAACGCUGGCUGUUGGCCAUCCAGGAGAACUACCGCAACAACCCCUUCCACAACUUCCGUCAUUGCUUCUGCGUGAGUCAGAUGAUGUACGGCAUGAUCCACCUCUGCAACCUGCAGGAGAAGCUGACUCUCACUGAUAUGGGCAUUCUAAUGACAGCUGCGGUGUGUCACGACCUGGACCACCCUGGAUACAACAACACCUAUCAAAUCAACGCUCGUACGGAGCUAGCGGUGCGCUACAAUGACAUCUCACCGCUGGAGAAUCAUCACUGCGCGGUGGCUUUCCAAAUUCUUUCCCUUCCCGAGUGCAACAUCUUUGCAAAUGUGGAUCCCGAAGCAUUUAAACAGAUUCGACAGGCUAUAAUCACCCUCAUCCUGGCCACUGACAUGGCCAGACAUGGCGAGAUACUGGACUCAUUCAAGCAGAAAGUGGACAGCUUUGACUUUACCAAUGAGGAGCAUGUAACAUGUCUCAAGAUGGUAUUGAUCAAAUGCUGUGACAUCUCCAAUGAAGUGCGACCGACCGAGGUGGCCGAACCGUGGGUGGACUGUCUUUUGGAGGAGUACUUCAUGCAGGGAGUCAUUGCACAAGGCCAAACACACAAAAGUGAUUCUGAUGUGAUCAACAUCUGCGUCUCCCAGAGUGACCGGGAGAAGUCGGAGGGCCUCCCGGUGGCCCCCUUCAUGGACAGAGACAAAGUCACCAAGCCCACCGCUCAAAUCGGCUUCAUCAAGUUUGUGCUCAUCCCGAUGUUUGAAACAGUCAUGAAGCUUUUCCCUCAAAUUGAGGAGAUCAUGGUUCAACCCCUGAGGGACUCCCGAGACCACUACGAGGAGCUGAAACAAAUUGAUGAUGCCAUGACAGAGGUGUCAGCCGGCCCCGACUCUCAGCAUCACACCAAAAUUGCAAUCAGGGGUCCUCUUUUGUGUUCAAAUUCAGCAAAGACUUUAAGAAGAGCGAGUCUGGUUGAAGACGUUGCGUUUCUGCGUUCUGGCCAUCAACAAACGUCGCGGCGGGAGAGAACAAAGAGACGACACAGCAACAUACUCAACUAAAGUUAGGCACAGAGGGAGCAUCCAAUCUGGAACUUUGACUUAGACUUUUUUGCACUGUGUGUAACAGAGAGGCACCCCCGUGUGACCUUUGUCUGUUUCUUUGUGGAGUUAACGUUGGCUAGCUCUGUCUGUUUGUUUGUGUUUGUUGACAGCACUCCAAACACUCCGAAGAACAGAUUUUCUAAAACCACAUAAACAGAAAAAACGAUUCUGAUAAUUGCCAAGAACUCAUAUUUUGGUUGUUUUCAUUGUUCUACUCAUUCUACAUUUCUCCACUGAUUUAAACCAUUGCCCUCAUUUAAAAUGUAAUAUGUUUGUUCAAGGCCAUCGUGGGAAGUCCCAUUCGUCAAAUUCCAAAAUUGUCCAAAUUCAAUCCCCAAAUGCCAUGUUAUUCCCUCUUUCUUCCACAUUUUGACCAAUUCAAACCAUUCCAAUUUAUUCUUCAGCUCAUUUGCGGUAAAUUUCAUUACUCCCCUUCUCAUCUGGAUUAUCCGUGAAACUAUUCCCAUUGCCCAAAUAAAAAUUUAAAAUCCCACAUUGA